ACAGCACGGUUUGCUGGGAGUUUCCCCUUAUGGCAGCCCGGAUGACAUGCGAUCAACAAAGAGGCCUCGUGUUCACUCUCUUUCGCCUAUGGUCGUCGUCACUCCCGGUGUUGCAGUUGUGCAUUCUCCGUUGCCGCUCUUGUUGCCGUCUACAGUGCGUCGUCCAUACACUCCGAAGCACCCUUUGUCGGAUUUUGAUGCAUUGUGUUUUCCUUUGCUGUCGCCGCCAUUGCAACCUCGCCGUUUGCAGUUUCUGUUAUGUGCUGCGCAACCAUUUCCUCCUCCUCCGCUUUUCGUUGGACGCGACGGGUUGGACUCCAUCCCCCUAGAGGGGUGUUCUCAAUCAUCAGGAGCAGUUGGAAGUGGAGGGUCCACACUGCGUGACGGAGGACGUGGGAGUGUAGAACCGCGGGUCUCACAUUCGUUCGCCGCAUCAGGUCAUGGGCAGGGGGGUGUAUUGGAUGAUGCACGUCGUGCCUCUGCCGGGGACACACAUAACUGUAAUUCCGCCCGUCGCUCUCUCGUCUCCCGGUUCGACGAGGAUGACAUUGUGUGUGCUACCGGAGAUGGGCCCUGCCCUUGCGAUCCUGGCGCUCAAAAUCUUGGUGCGGGUCAUUCUGAAAACUCGGGCGGGUCUUUGGGGCAAUUCGGUUCGCAGUCAACUGGUUCCGUGAAGUACUCUCGUUUGUUCCUGACUACCGCUUGCAAGGAGAGAUUGCGCCUCUUACAAUCUGCGAUGAAAGAAGUAAGCGACAAGUCUGGGGUCAUGAGCGAUGUCGUCGACCGACUGUUGCAUUGGUCAUUGCCAGCCAUCCGGUCAGAGCUCGGGGACGGUGUGGCGUCGAGGAUCGAGAGAACACUACCGGUCGGCAGUCGUGCAGAUGUGUUUCGUCUCGGAGCAGGAGGGGAUGAUUCGAAAGCGGGCGCUGAGGAUGAUGGCAAGCGUGAGGGUGAAGGGAGCGGUGGAGGCAAUGGCGGGUCGUUUUGUGGGUCGGAUGAUUCACUACCGCAUUCAGGGCACGGGUCACAGCGCGGCCGCAGAUCGCGCGGGCGGCCACCAAGCCGUGGCAGGUCGCGUUCGCGUUUCGAACAUGUACGUCCUUUGUGCUGGGACGAUUCGAAGGAUGGUGCUUUGCAAAGCGGACCUUGCAAUAAUCGGUCUAAACGUGUGUUGAAAUCGAUGGGGCACUGGGGAGGCUCGGAAGCGCCUGAUGUCGUCUUCGUGGAACCGGUGAAGCUGCUGCAGUUGCUCGGGUUACUUCAGCAGCAGUUGUUCCAUGCGACCGUCACUGCGGGUAUGACAUAUACCGUCCUCAACGACUUCUGCAUCGCGUUUGGGGUGGCACUAGUGCACAAGCCUACUUUUUACAGUUGCAUGCACGGUGAGCCGAAUGUGCGUGAGGGUUGGAAUGCAAAGGUUGUCAGGCAGAGCGUGAGGUAUUGCGACUUGGCCAUUGACACGGUUAUGCGAUCAGGGAGACCCGUCACUUUGAUGGUUGACGGUCGCUAUGACUCAGCCAGGUCUGCGCAGCAUUGCACUGUUACCGCGAUUGAGUGUGAUACUCGUCUUGUGGUGGGUGUUCACACUCUUCGGCCAAAAAAUGAGGGAAAGGCGUUGAACCAACUUGAGGUUCCUGCUGUUGUGCGCUUGUUGAGAGGCUUGUUGUCGAGGGGGUUGAAAAUCCGGUGUGUUGUCUCCGACGAUUGUGCUGCAUUGGGUCCACAGUUGGAGCGCCUGGGUAUUGAAUGGCAGAAGGAUUGCCAUCAUAAGGUAAAAAACAUUCGCAAGACACUUAGAAAAGUCGUGACACUGAAGGUGCCAAAGAAAUUGAACAACCCUCAUCAGUGCGUGUCGGAAUCUCAGUUUAUGCAGUUCACGAAGAAGGAGCUGUUGGAUGCCUUGACGGACCGUUUUGGACCAGGGUCUUUGACGGCAAAAGAAGAACGAUUGAAGAAGAGCGACUUCGUUGCUCUUGUGAUGAGCAAAAUGUACCCGUACAGCACGAUGAAAAACAACAAAUCCUUGGUCGUGGAUGCAGAUGGUGUGACUGAGGUCCAUAUGCAUGAGGUGGGGCAUUGGUUUCUUCGUGCUUCCCAGCUUUGCAGAGAUGAGGGCGGCGACUUUGUCACUCUGCACAAUGAUGUCAUGAUGAUCGCCGACCAUUGGGCCGGGGACCACUCCAGGUGCGUUGCGGACAGAGAGCUUCUAUCCUCAAAGGCGGGUGACCCAUCUCGGCUGCCUCUGUACACGCACGACGAUCCCGUGUAUGACAUCAUUCGCCAGACGUUGGGCAGGCAUUGCAGCACGACCGUUUGUUCGUACUACACGGAGUUCCGUCACACGUCGACGAUUGAGACCUUCCAGGGCACAAUCAUCAUUUACGCGAAGAAGGUUUUGCACUUCGAGAAGUCGUAUGAGCCGCGUUUGGCGAUUGUAGUCAUUCGAUGGAACAGUCAUGCAUGACAGGAUCCCUUGGAGUAUCGUAUCCGCAGGCCUUCUGGGACUUCGAUUCGUCCAAGGCCGAGUCAGUACCGUCACAAUUGGCCACCUACCGAUUCG